UUAACAAAAAUUUAUCUUAUUAAUUGAUUUCGUAAAACGUAUAAGGCAUAACAACGAUUUUGUUUAGAGUGUAACAUAUUCUCAGCCCAAGUGAUUACCAGUUACUAAAGUUUCAAAGAUUGUACUAUCGUUUUUAAUUGCUCAUAUUGGAGCUAUUUUCAAAAAGCAACUGAAAUAUAAAGUCUUGUAAAGUUCAAUCUGACACUUAGCUACGCACAAAAUCUGCAAAUUGGAGAAACAAGAAUGGCAACCAUUAAAGUGUUUUCGGGUACUUCGCAUCCACAUCUGGCUCAAAGGAUUGUCGACCGUUUGGGUAUCGAUUUGGGCAAAGUGGUCACCAAUAAAUUCAGCAACUUGGAAACAUGUGUCGAAAUUGGUGAGUCUGUGCGCGGUGAAGAUGUGUACAUUGUACAAUCUGGUUCCGGUGAGAUUAAUGACAACUUGAUGGAAUUACUGAUCAUGAUCAAUGCCUGCAAGAUCGCAUCAGCAUCCCGUGUAACAGCUGUGAUUCCUUGUUUCCCAUAUGCUCGCCAAGAUAAAAAAGAUAUGAGUCGCGCCCCAAUUUCCGCGAAAUUGGUUGCAAAUAUGCUAUCAGUGGCCGGAGCAGAUCACAUUAUUACUAUGGACUUGCAUGCAUCUCAAAUUCAAGGUUUCUUUGAUAUUCCCGUGGACAAUAUUUUUGCUGAACCAGCCGUUCUAAAAUGGAUCAAAGAAAAUAUUACAGAAUGGAAGAAUUCCAUUAUUGUCUCACCUGAUGCUGGUGGGGCUAAACGUGUGACGUCCAUCGCUGAUCGUUCGAACGUUGAAUUCGCACUGAUUCACAAAGAACGCAAGAAGGCCAAUGAAGUUGCUUCGAUGGUGCUUGUCGGUGAUGUCAAAGAUAAAAUUGCUGUAUUGGUCGAUGAUAUGGCCGAUACAUGCGGUACAAUUGUUCAUGCUGCCGAUCGUUUGGUGGAAGCAGGUGCUACAAAGGUUUAUGCUAUUUUGACACAUGGUAUCUUUUCUGGACCAGCGAUUUCUCGCAUAAACAAUGCCUGCUUUGAGGCUGUGGUUGUUACAAAUACUAUUCCCCAGGAUGGCCAUAUGAGAGAUUGUCGCAAAAUACAGUGCAUUGAUGUCUCUAUGAUGUUUGCCGAAGCCGUUAGAAGAACACAUAACGGCGAAAGUGUUUCUUAUCUCUUCUCAAAUGUUCCAUAUUUAUAAAUAUGUUAAAUGUUUUAUAUUAAUCAUAAUACUUUAUACAUAAAUACUACUGUUCAUACUAUUUUUGUACAAUCUUCUUUUUUUUCAUACAACAAUUUUAAUAGAAUAACAAAAAUAAAUUUUGGUUUCCCAUUUGA